GCUCAGGAGGUAGAUCACGUAGGCAGCUGGGACGAAGCCAGCUACUCUUGCAAAAGGAAGCCAGGGAGGGGGCAAAGCUUCUCAUCCCCCUCCCCGCCGCCCCAUGCAAUUUGCUGGAGAGCUAAACUGCUACCACCUUGCGCUUGUCCUACUGCCUGCUGCUGGUACUGAUGCUGUGGACUGGAAGGCUAGUGAUGCAGGCAGAUCUCCGCGCGCCUCUUCCGUCUCCAUCCUUUGGAAGCCGGGUUGUUUCGCAGUUUUUGCAAAGGUGGAAGUGAGAACGUGUUUUUAAUUAGCAUGCACUUAGUGAGGUUCCCUCUGCGGUGUGUGACUGGCUCCUGCUGACCUCCAUCGUGUGCAUGUGCGUGCGUGUACCCCCGAUUCUUUUUUUCCUUUUUUUUUUUGUAAAUUAGAUUUGGCUUUUUGCCCUGCUUGCCUAGCUGAUCAAACGUCCUGCUGAUCGAUAAAGUAAAAUGGACAUUUUGUCUAAUGCUCAGGUCUUCCUUUUGUGAUGUCAGGUGCCUCUUACACCAUUUCUCUUGUGAAGGCUAUUCAGUAGUGGAGACCUUUUUUAAUCGAACACUCCACAAAUUAUUAUCUCUGGACUCCCAGCUGACAUCCUGCUGGAGGCUACAGCUACUAAGCCAACUGGAACUGUGCCCACUCUCUCUUGUCAAGGUUUUUUAUUUUUUAUUUUCCUCACACAGGGAGAAGAAGAAAAAAUGAAGUUUGGCAAGGUGGAGUUCUGCCAUUUUUUGCAGAUAAUAGCGCUUUUCCUCUGUCUUUCUGGGAUGAGUCAAACAGAACUCCCUAGAUCCAGGUCAAAGCCCUAUUUCCAAUCUGGGAGAUCACGAACCAAACGCAGCUGGGUGUGGAAUCAGUUCUUCGUUCUGGAGGAAUACAUGGGAAAUGAUCCCCUCUAUGUAGGAAAGCUUCACUCUGAUGUUGAUAAAGGAGAUGGCUCCAUCAAAUACAUCUUGUCAGGAGAAGGGGCAAGUUCCAUUUUCAUUAUUGAUGAGAACACGGGGGAUAUUCAUGCUACAAAGAGGCUUGAUCGGGAGGAACAAGCCUACUACACCCUCCGAGCACAAGCACUAGAUAGACUGACAAGUAAACCCGUGGAACCAGAGUCAGAAUUCGUCAUUAAGAUUCAGGACAUCAAUGACAAUGAACCUAAAUUUCUGGAUGGCCCUUACACUGCUGGCGUGCCUGAAAUGUCUCCUGUGGGAACCUCCGUGGUACAAGUAACAGCUACUGAUGCCGAUGACCCUACAUAUGGAAACAGUGCCAGAGUGGUCUACAGCAUUCUUCAAGGACAGCCUUAUUUUUCUGUGGAACCAAAGACAGGUAUUAUCAAAACCGCGCUUCCCAAUAUGGACAGAGAAGCAAAAGACCAGUAUCUACUUGUCAUUCAAGCGAAGGAUAUGGUUGGUCAAAAUGGAGGGCUCUCUGGGACCACCUCUGUCACCGUCACCCUUACAGAUGUCAACGAUAACCCUCCCCGCUUUCCUCGCAGAUCGUAUCAAUAUAAUGUCCCUGAAUCGCUACCCAUGGCUUCGGUGGUCGCCAGAUUAAAGGCUGCAGAUGCUGAUGUGGGACCGAAUGCCGAAAUGGAAUAUAAAAUAGUGGAUGGUGAUGGCUUGGCCGUUUUCAAAAUCUUAGUGGACAAAGAGACACAAGAAGGAAUCAUUACAAUACAGAAGGAGCUGGAUUAUGAAGCCAAGGCCAGCUACACCUUGAGAAUAGAAGCGGCAAAUAAGCAAGUUGAUCCUCGUUUUUUAAGCCUUGGGCCCUUCAGUGAUAUGACAACAGUGAAGAUCAUUGUGGAGGAUGUAGAUGAACCGCCUAUAUUUACCUCACGUUUGUACACUAUGGUAGUGUCUGAAGCAGCUAAAGUAGGCACCAUCAUUGGAACUGUUGCAGCUCAUGACCCAGAUGCAUCUAACAGUCCUGUGAGGUACUCCAUAGAUCGAAACACAGACCUGGAGAGAUAUUUUAAUAUUGAUGCCAACAGUGGGGUGAUUACCACUGCGAAGCCGUUGGAUAGAGAAACAAACGCUGUUCAUAACAUCACUGUCUUGGCUAUGGAGAGUCAAAACCCUUCGCAAAUUGGGAGGGGAUAUGUGGCUAUCACUAUUCUUGACAUCAACGACAAUGCUCCUGAGUUUGCAAUGGAUUAUGAAACUACUGUCUGUGAAAAUGCAGAACCUGGCCAGGCAAUUCAAAGAAUCAGUGCCAUUGACAAAGAUGAUCCACCUAGUGGUCAUCAAUUUUCCUUCAGUUUGGCAGGGGAGGCUGCAAAUAACCACAACUUUACAUUACAAGAUAAUAAAGAUAACACGGCAUCUAUUCUAACGAGAAGAAAUGGAUUCCGGAGGCAGGAGCAGUCAGUUUACUAUUUGCCAGUAUUUAUUGUGGACAGUGGCUCUCCUUCACUGAGCAGCACCAAUACACUCACUAUCCGGGUGUGUGACUGUGACGCAGAUGGCAUUGCCCAAACAUGCAAUGCAGAGGCCUACAUCUUGCCAGCAGGACUUAGCACCGGGGCACUCAUAGCGAUACUGGCUUGUGUUCUGACAUUGCUAGUGCUUGUCCUACUCAUUGUUACAAUGAGACGACGGAAAAAGGAGCCCCUUGUUUUCGAUGAAGAGAGGGAUAUCAGGGAAAACAUAGUCAGAUAUGAUGAUGAGGGAGGCGGAGAGGAAGACACCGAGGCCUUUGAUAUGGCUGCCUUGAGGAACCUCAACAUCAUCCGAGACACCAAAACGAGGAGGGAUGUAACGCCAGAGAUCCAGUUCUUGAGUAGACCAUCCUUUAAAAGCAUCCCGGAUAACGUCAUUUUUCGGGAAUUUAUUUGGGAAAGACUAAAAGAGGCUGAUGUGGAUCCUUGUGCUCCACCGUAUGAUUCCCUGCAGACAUACGCAUUUGAGGGAAAUGGUUCGGUGGCUGAGUCACUCAGCUCUUUAGAUUCUAUCAGUUCAAACUCAGAUCAGAAUUACGAUUACCUCAGUGACUGGGGGCCUCGUUUUAAACGGCUUGCAGACAUGUAUGGAACUGGACCAGAAAAUUUGUAUUCAUAGCCUUUGAACCUUUCUAUGACGAUGCACUAAAGAAAAAGAAAAUAAAAACUCAAUAUCUGGGACUAAGGAAAAUCUGUAAAUAUUUCUCCAUUUUUAACCUUUUGGGUUUCUUUUUGCCUUGGUGAAGCAUAUCUUCAUUAGAACUUUGUCCUAGGGACUGCACUGAACACACACAGAUUCUGAGCAUCCAAUGGCAUUUUUUUUUAUAACAUUAAGAUGCUCGGGCAUGUGCAAAUAGAUAGCAACCCUCGUAUACCUGCAGAGGCAACCAACCUCUAAGAGUAAGUAACGCACUGUGACCUCAAUGAGCCAAUGAUAUCCUGUAGAUGCCUUCGCAGUACUGCUGGGUCUAGACUCCAGAGUCUUUGCUUAGUGGAGAGAAGGGGGAAAUCAUUUACUACGUACAAUGUUAAUACAAUAUAUUGUCUACUACUGAUGCAAAGUUCUUUUAUUUACAGUGUUGCAUGCAGUUUGCUGGCUCAGAAACAAAUCCAACACGAUGACUUUUUAAAAUGUUGGUCUUAAAAGCUAUUUAGUCCAAAAGCCUCUGUAAAUAUCUGGGUGACUCUAAAAAUAGAUUGCAAUUCCUGUUAUGAAAAUCUGCAACAUGUGCCAUUGCCUUAUCAAAAUUGUUUCCAGGAUAUGUCAAAUCAGAGAUCCGGAAAGUGAUUAUCACAGUUUUGUGAUUCCUAUGUAGGUAUGGGGGGGAAUUGCUGUCUAUUUACAGGUUUUUUAUUAUUAUCCUUACCUCUUCUGAUUAGUACAGGACAACUUAUCCUUUCUUCAUUUUUUAUUUGUUUUUAAAUACAGCAUUGAUGUGUAAA